CGUACAAUCCUUGUAAGGAUAGCCCGUGUGUCUACGGCACAUGCAGUUGGGACACUCAGUACGUGUGGUCGUGCUCGUGCGAUAGCGGAUACAAGCCCAUCACCACCUCGCUCACCUUGGCCGGCAAAUACAUUGCUGGGCAGACGUGUAUUU